GAUAUUGAAUCAGAAAACAGUCCAACAUAUGAAAAAUCAUCACAAAAGUCACCUUAUGAAAUUACUGGUUUUUCAAUUCCUUCAAAGCGUUCAUUCGAACGUAUAAGGUUGGCCGACGAAGAUCGUCUCAUACUCCAGAAGGCAAUGCAAUACGCAAUGAGUAGCCUUGAGCUGGCUCGUGAAACUAAAAAUACAAUGUCUUGUGUUGAAGAAUCAAUACAGAAUCUUAUACAAAUUAUAACUGGCACCAAUGAUGAUAAUGACGAUGUGACAAUGCCUGGAGUAUUUACAAAGCAAAAGAAAAUUAAAAAAUGGUUUUUGGCUUGCCAACAAUAUCGUGUGAGACGAGCUAAUGAUGUACGAAAAAUAAAGACAACGAUGGUCAAUGUUCUUGGCAAGAUAGCUAUAAGUGAUAUUCCUGGGCAGAAGGCUUCUAAGAAAGAAGUAUUAACAUGGAAAACAAACCUGGCAAUGUUAGAAGCAAAAUCUAAACUAUGGGUGCCAGUUGAUCUAUCAGAAGAUGCUGACCCUCGUAACAUAUAUAUACGUCGUAUUAUAACUAAAGUAUUUAGAGGUCACCGUUCAAAGCUCAAUCAAGAAUUUGCUAUUGCAGUAAUUGAUAUGAUGUUUGAUCCUACAAUCACAACUACCUCUCUUACUGAAGAGUGCAAAGAUCAUUCCGAUGAUGCUUCUGUUAUUUCACAUCCUAGUACUCCCUCUCCUGACUAUUAUAACGAUGAUGAUACUGAAUGUUAG